AUGCCUUCGAUCCAAGUCUCAUCCGCCGGUCUAAUCGGUACCCUAUUCGAACGAGCACAAGAUGCCAUCUUUGCUCUCUCCUCCUGUUUACCAUGCACACCUGAAACCUCAGUCCUCAAACUCAACGGACGCAAUUUUCAAAUCGUCAAGCUUCUCGGCGAAGGUGGAUUUAGCUUCGUCUAUCUCGUUAAAGAUCAAGAAUCAGGACGACUGUUCGCGUUGAAGAAAAUUCGAUGCUCUGGAUACGGCGCAGAUUCGUUUCAGGAGGCAAUGAAGGAGAUUGAAGCGACAAAGAGGUUUCGUUCGCCGCACAUUAUUCCCAUCUAUGACAGUUGUGUUGUGCAAGAUGAUGCUGGGUCCGGUACUCUUUUUGGUAACCUGCCUUCGAAUGACCCUGAUAGCGGAGGAGGAAGGGGUGGAGAUGGAGGGAAAGUGAUCUAUCUCUUCCUACCAUUUUACGAGAAGGGGAAUCUUCAAGAUGCAAUCAAUGCACAUGUUGUGCGAGGGACACGAUUUGGAGAGCGAGAAAUGUUGCAGUUGUUCCUUGGAACUUGUAAAGCUGUGAGGGAGAUGCAUCAGUAUCGGUUACCCAACGUUGGCGUCACUCGUCGAAGUGCAGGAGCGUCAUCAACACCACGAAUGGAAGUUACACCUCCACAAGAUCCCUUUUCCGAUUCUCAAGCAGCAGCAGAUGAAGCACCACUUCUCGACGGAGAUCACGACGAAAACAACGCCUCUUAUCCACCCAAACCCAACAAAGGCAAAGGUCGAGAUUUCAGCGACACAGUCACCCAACCCUCCCUCGACGGCGGCAUCGAAUCCGGUUCAUCCGGUGAACUCCUCCCCUAUGCACACCGAGAUAUCAAGCCAGGCAACGUAAUGAUCGCUGACGAUGGCAAGACACCGGUCCUUAUGGAUUUCGGAUCAACCAUCAAAGCUCGAGUUCAUAUCAAAACGCGUAAAGACGCAGUAGCACAUCAAGAUCUAGCUGCUGAACGGUCAUCCAUGCCUUACCGCGCACCAGAACUGUUCGACGUGCCAACGGAUACAAUGUUGACAGAAGCAGUGGAUAUCUGGUCGUUGGGUUGUUUACUGUACGCGCUGGCAUAUCUGCAUUCACCGUUCGAGACGACUCAGACGAUCGAACAAGGUGGUUCUAUUGCAAUGGCAGUGCUGAAUGGAAGUUAUAAGACACCGCCGAGUGGGGAAGAUCCGUACUCGGAAAAGACAAGGGAGAUUAUCAAGAGAUGUAUACAGGUCAAGCCAGAAGACAGACCGGCGAUUGAUGAGGUUAUUGAGUUGACGGGGGCUGCUUUAAGGGGGUUGGAGUGA